AUGAACAUCAGCCUGGAACCUCGUCCUGUCCUGACGAAUAGGGGCAAUGAUGCUGAAGUGCGGGUGUCGCACAGAUUGUCGGUCCCUGAUGUUGGACUGGAGCAGCCAGCAAGCAAACUUCUUUCGCAAGGUGAAAACUUGAAGAACCUGGUGAAACGCGACUACAAGCAGUCAAAGAAGAAGGGCAAGAAGAUUGCCUUUGACGCUUCCAUUAGCAAGAAGAAGAUGACGCCACCGUCACCCUCGCGUCAGGAGUCAUAUGAGUUUGAAUUGUUGCGGCGACCCCAUGAUUCCUUGGAAGAUAAAGCUGCACGAGAUUCCUUUCAGCCAAAGCGUCAAUACAUGUCCCAUCAGCGUCGUGCUUCGUUGCCAACAGGCAGCAAGGAUCGACGUCGCUCCAGCAUCAGUGGCGAAAGCAGAUUGUCACAACAACUCAAACAAGCUCGCAAGUCCUUCCACAGUAGCAUGCCAAAUUUGGAUCUCAAAUCGGCUCUGCUCGACACCAGUUUGACGGACUUUGAACGCAAGCGAAAGAAGCAAGAAAAGGAAGAGGGGGCUCUAUACGCGGCCACUCGAGCUACCGAACGUGCCACGAGAUCCUGGAAGCGCAAAACCAUCGUCUUGGGACCGCUCGGGCUCAUGCUGCAUGAUGAUGACAUGGACAAAGAAACCAACAAAAUUUCCAAGCAGCAAAGGCGCCGCUCGUCUCUCACGGCUCUUUUGGAGCGGGACGCUAACAAAAUCAAUGCCAGUUUGGUGCAAUCGAACGUUCAUGAAGAAAAGGAACAGGCCGCAGCUGAGGAUCAAUCGUCGGAGAACCAUGUCUCUUCUCCAGCUACAGCUACAGCUACCAAAGAAGUCGAAAAACCCGCAGUGACUCGAGAAGCAGAGGAAGCCACCAACAGUGAGAAGCUCCCCUUCGUCAUCAGUCCUCGGGCAGUCAACGAACAGAAACUGCGAGAAGUCCUGAAAAGGCAGAGUGCCAUCGCCAAGCAAAAAUCAUUACAGGAAGAGAAACGUGAAUCGGAAGAGGAACCUGGCCAAGACAAGCAAGCGGAAGAGACUGACAACAUGCCACCAACAAAGCAGCAGGAGGGGGCACCAAAGGAUCGGAGCAACGACGCCAGCGUAGACGAUCAGUCCACAAUCUCGUCCGAGUCCCAACGACAAGAACAGUUGCAAUUGUUGAAAGUCGCGCUGAAAAAAGCUGCUGAAUCGCAGGAACCAGCACUGAUGAGUCUGGUUGAUUAUGAAAUUACGAAGCAAUCCAUAGCCGUUAACACCAAGAAGAGUAGACGCCAGUCGAUGCCCGAAAUUUCCAACAAAGAUGAUCGGGAAGCUGCCGAAGGAGCCGAUAGGGCAGCGGGUAUCCAUAACGAUGCAGCUGCUCCUGCGGAUGGUAAUAGCUCUCCGAAGAAGGAUCGUCGGGCCUACAUGCUUCGACGUGCGUCCGCGCCAGAUUUUACCACCACAGUGGCUGCACUCACACAGCAUGGCAACAACCCAGAGGAAGCAUUGAAGGAAAUUUCCACCAUGCCCAAGCACCUGUUGGCUGACAUUGUCACUGCUCCCGAAGUCAAGCGAGAGACAAUGGAUUCGUCAGAACAACAAGACAGUGGCAAGAAGAAGAAAACCAAGAAAAAGAAGUCAAGCCGACGAUCUUCCAUGCCCGACUUACAAGAUAACAAACUGUCGCAAGACGACCGAGAAGUCCCUGACAAGGCCAAUCGCAAGGCAGGCAAGAAGAAAGAAAACCGACGAUCCAAAAUGAAGUCAAGCCGUCGGUCGUCAAUGCCUGACUUGUCCAAGGUGGAAAAGGAGGACAUUUACGACUGGGCAUUGGCUGCCAGGCAAAAGGAAAACGAAGACAAUGGUGGUGAGUGGAAGCACAUCAAAUCGAAGGACAAUGCAGUGCGCAGGCCAAAGGAGCAAAAGAUUCAGCCACUGAAGAUGAAGGAUGAAAUCGCGAAUGCUGCCAGUUGCCUGCCAAAACUUGAAGCGCUCAUGCCUUUGACAGAGUCGUCCAAGGUGGCGUGA